UCUUUUUCAUUUUGCACUAUAAUUCAAGGCAAUGCAAGGUAAACAUCGUAUAUUGCAGGACUGUCAUACAUUUUUAUUUAAAAAAAUUCGGAAGGGUUCUUGAUAUUUUUUGAUAAGACAAAUCUGAGCUACGAAAAUUCUCAGACCAUGGAGAACGGAACGACAGAGUAUGUCAACGGGGGCUCUUUGCCAGCCGGGCAAAUUCCUGAAGACGCCAAUGAACAUUGUCCAGGGCCGGAGGCAGAAUCGGCAGGGAAGACAGACGCUUGCGAAGGAUGCCCUAACCAGCAGAUAUGCGCCACCGCUCCCAAGGGACCUGAUCCAGAUUUGGUUGCUAUAGCAGAGCGUAUGGCUACUGUGAAACACAAAAUUUUAGUGUUGUCUGGAAAAGGUGGGGUGGGGAAGAGCACAUUUGCAGCACAGCUUUCGUUUGCUUUAGCAGAGCAAGACAAGCAGGUUGGACUUCUUGACAUUGAUAUAUGUGGUCCUAGCAUUCCCAAGAUGCUUGGAUUGGAAGGUCAGGAAAUACAUCAGAGCAAUCUUGGCUGGUCUCCUGUGUACGUAGAAGACAAUCUUGGUGUGAUGUCUAUUGGCUUCAUGCUGCCAGAUCCAGAUGAGGCAGUCAUAUGGAGGGGACCACGCAAAAAUGGACUGAUCAAGCAGUUUCUGAAAGAUGUUUACUGGGGAGAGUUAGACUAUCUAAUUGUGGAUGCUCCACCUGGGACAUCUGAUGAACAUAUUUCUAUAGCACAGUAUCUGAAAGCAACUAAUGUGGAUGGUGCGUUAAUAGUUACUACACCACAGGAAGUAUCAAUAAUUGAUGUUAGGAAGGAGAUAAAUUUUUGCAAGAAGGUUGGCAUUAAUGUCUUAGGUGUCGUAGAGAACAUGAGUGGUAUUCAACAACCCAUCUCAAGUUUCAUAUUUAAGAAGAUUGCAGAUGAUGGGGAGGAGGAAGAUGUCACCGAGGAGACAUUGAAGAGCAUACAAACACAUUCCCCUCAGUUGUUAUCUUUAUUUGCUUAUACUGAAGUCUUUCAUGUAACUGGUGGUGGAGCAGAGAAGAUGGCUAAAGAUAUGAAUGUUCCGUUUUUAGGCAAAGUACAUAUGGAUCCGGAGUUGAGCAAAGCAGCUGAAGAAGGACGCUCUUGCUUUACAGAUCCAAAAUGCAGAUCAAGUGCAUCUGCGCUGCAAAGGAUCAUUAAAAAGAUUGAGAAUAUCACAGAGCCAUGAUAUUUGUAGAUUUUAAUAUACAGAUUUUGAACAAGAUCAUUUGAUACACAACGUAGUAUACUUUUGGUGGUUUCAUUUUUGUUGAAAUUAUAUUGGGUUUCUUUAUAUGUAUGAGAAAUUAGAAAUUUUGGAAAAAUAUACCACUGUAUUUGUAGUAUUACUCAUGUAACAUUAAUAUCAUACAGCAUUGGCUUGCUAAAGCAUUCUUUA